GUGGAAAAGCCAGGAUUGCACUCAUGAUGUAGUGUUUGUACUGGAACUCUACCCAGAAUACUGCAAAACUGACUGUUUCACAAUAUCGUGAUACCUUUCUGACAUGAUGGACGUAGAUAGUCCCAACCUUUAAAAAGCUCAGACCCCAUGCUGUAAUUGACCAGUGUGUGACUGAGAUGAGAAGUGAGACACAUAAGAUGAAGAGCUCUGUUGGACCUCUGCUGCUGCUCUCCCUUGUUGCUUUUGUCUCUGUGACAUUGGCCAGGAGUGUCUUCACCUUUACAGAUGUCCUUGCCGCGGCCACUGCAGACUUCAACCAGAAAAGCCAGGAGACAAAAGCUUUUGGACCUCCAAAGAUGGGCGCUUUGCGGUCAAUGUCGAUGUUUGAGCCCGGAGAUGGCUCCGUCAUGAUCAAGUCCAUUACGUUUACGCUUAAGGAGACAGUGUGCCCCAAAUCAGAAGACUACCUAAAGGAAGAGUGUGUCUUCAAGGAAAAUGGGUCUCUGAAGAAGUGCUCCAGUACAGCUACAGUCCUGAAGUCACAGCCAGGAGAGGCAGCAUCUCUGACAGUGUCCUGUCAGGAUGUCACAGACCCAGAGGAGCGCAAGAAACUCUCAGAGCCUCCAAGUUGGACAAAAUAUUUCAGCAACUGGUGAAAGCUGCCUGGACCCACAGCAACGCCAUUGUUUUGGGCCUAUUUAAUGUAUUUAAAUCAAUAAAGAGUACUUGUGGAAAAUAAAGAGUGCCUUACUGAAUUACAAAGUA